CAUUCAAUCAAUGUCUUCUUCUGCCUCCCUACCUCUUCCAUCUCUCUCCCUAACCACCAAAUGCCACUCCCCGCUCUUCUCUCCUAAAUCCCCCACUCUACUCCUCCUUCUUCCCUCCAACAACUUCUCAUCCCUCACAUGCCGCUGCUCCACCUCUUCUCCUUCCAGUUCCGACCGCGAGGAGCAGCGGUGGCUCCGCGAGGAGCAGCGUUGGAUCCGCGAAGAGCAGCGCUGGCUCCGGGAGGAGCAGCGUUGGGCGCGUGAGCGGGACGCUCUGCUCCGGGAGAUUGCCGAGCUCAGGAUGCAGGUUCAGGCCCUGGAGCGACGGCUGCUGGCGCAGGAGGUUUCUUCUUCGGAGGCGGUUCCGAAUGUGGCAGCGCUGUUGCAAGCUUUGAAGGAUAAGAACCUUGUUUUGGAGAGUGGAUCGAAUUCGCAGCAGCAGAGGCUAGUACUGGUCGAGAAGAAGAAGGAGGAACUCGAUGCAGAAAAAGAAGAAGAAGAAGAGGUUCUUGAGCUUGAAAAGGAGGUUGUGCUUAUUGAGGACGCUGCUGCUAAGGUUGAGAAGAGGAUCACUCUGCGGAUGGGUUCUGAAGGAGAACAAGUUCGAGAGAUGCAGGAAGCGUUGCUGAAAUUAGGAUUUUACUCAGGCGAGGAGGACAUGGAGUUUUCCAGCUUCUCCAGUGGCACUGAACGAGCUGUCAAGACUUGGCAAGCUGCAUUAGGUGCCUCUGAGGAUGGUGUUAUGACAUCUGAACUUCUUGAAAGGCUUUAUUUGGAGAUACGAACCAAGGAUUCAGGCAAUGCCAAUGAAAGCAGAAAAUCCACUAGUGUUUCAUCGCAUGAAGGGGAAAAUGGAGCUGUGGUUGCUUCUGUGACAGAAAUUUCAGAAGUUCAGCAGAAAGUUGUGAAGAAAGGUGACACAGAAAUAGAAGCCACCCGUCGGGGAGUUUUUCUUCUUGGAGAGAAUCGGUGGGAAGAACCCUCAAGACUCACCUCAAGUGAUGGACUUGAUAAGAGCAAGAAGAAGGAUGGAAUAACCAAAUGCCUUCAAUGUCGUGGGGAAGGCCGUUUGUUAUGUACAGAGUGUGAUGGAAGUGGUGAGCCAAAUGUUGAACCUCAAUUUUUGGAAUGGGUAGAUGAGGAUGCAAAAUGUCCAUAUUGUGAAGGCCUAGGGUAUACUGUAUGUGAUAUUUGUGGAGGGAAAGCUAGGGUAUAGAUAAAACUAUUUGAUACAAAACAACCUUGGAGUGAAAAGUUAAAAGCAACUAUCAAAGAGUUGAGAAUGUUAAUGAUCCAUUGAGCAAAAAUAAGUUGAAUAUAAAAAAAAGAUUAGGUGCUUUGGAGCUUACUGAAGCUUUACAGAGGCCAACAAUUUUAUUGCUGUCGGAAGCCUACAAUUCCUCUUCCUCCCAUGUACGAACUGCGUUUGCUACAGACUUAAUAUAUUU